AUGGCAAUGUGCUCCACACUUCUCAAAUCUCUAAAUGAAGAUGGUUACCAUGGCGAUAUUGAAGGUGAUUCAGCCAGUCCUGACUGGGAAGUUGCAUCAGUUUUGUUCCCAGACGGGAGAUUGAAGUCACCGACGCCAUCUUUGAAAAGAGUUUGUAGCAGUACGUCAUCUUCCUCUAAAUCUUCUUAUUCUCCAUUAAAACAACCAACCACGUUUACAAACAAACAAAGAGGAAACAAACAGACGAUAACUCCAUGUCUUUUCCAAGAGCUCACUCCUCAUGAAUUAGCAGCACAAGGCGAGUUAACAUUCCUCAGUGAUCGAAUCCUGGCUGGCGUAAAUGUCAAUAUUCAAGACGAAAAUGGACAUACGCCACUGAUGUGGGCAUGCGCACAGAACCAAACAUCGGUUGUGGAAUUUUUAUUGGAAAAAGGUGCCGAUGCAUCUAUUGAGAGUGUGGAAAAAGAAACUGCACUGGCGUUUGCAUGUAGCCAGGGAAACGUUGAGAUUGUGAAGUUAUUGCUGCAGUCGGGUGUCGAUGUUAAUUCGUAUGAUAUGAACGGAGGUACUCCAUUGCUGUAUGCUGUGUACAACAACCACCCAAAGUGUGUUCAUUUCUUACUGAGAUCUGGAGCUGACUUAACGGAUGAAACCGAGACAGGAUGCUCACCGCUUAAUGUAGCAAUGCUGUUAGGACAUCAGACUGGUAAGUUGGUGAUAUUUAAUUCCUGUUACACAUUCAUGUACCGUGGUAGUUGUUAUUACCCUGCUGCACAUGGAUUUGCUGGAACGGAGGCUUAA